AUGUCUGGUGCGCCAAACGACGGAGCAGCUGGCGCGGCUGCUGCUGUAGGAAAUGCUGCGCUCUCCGGAGCUCGAAUGGGUGCCGCUGCAGCGCAGCGGGGUGUCGUAAGCCUUUCCAUCUAUGUUCAGCACAAUCCGUCGGGAGUCAAGGUCUUCUGCUGCUUGGCUGGACUCGCAUUGUCCACAAUCAGCAUCCUCAGUAUAGUGGGCGUGGCGCAGAUCAGUGAUGAGGACCACUGGACAGCGAGGGACUCCUUGCAGAAUGUCUACACAUUCAUCUUUGGCCUUGUCAUCUGCAUCAUAGACAUGAAGGAGGAAUGGGCGAACAAAGUCUUUGGACUACAAUCCAAGAUAUUCCUGUACUGUCAGUUCCUUGCCAGUCAAACUGGCAGAGCACUGUUCUAUUUCUAUGUUGGCCUGCUUCCCAGCAUUCCAUCUGACAUGGCUGACGGUACAGCCCGAGGGCUGCCUCGGAGGCUGGAGGGUAGUGGGCCGAAGGGAGCGGUGGGGCGGGGUGGGGCAGGGUGGGGCGGGUGGCGAUCAACCCAGAGCGCAACAUGA